UAAGAUUCGAAGCUUACAAAAUUUAAUCUUGUUGAUUAAAUCACGACGAAUGGCGAAAAUGGGUAGAGAAUUUAUGAUUUAGAUGUUGACGAAAUUUUGGGGAUUAAAGAAAGGCGUUAAAAAAUGCCGCCCAGUGCUUCAAAAUACGAAAACAAUGAAGCAGAAGGUGAUCGACCUUUAACGCCGCGGCAAACUGUAUAUAAACGCGUGAACUGCACCUUUAUUGGUCCUUUUUUCUUACCAUAAAUAUUCAAUGCUUCGGCCUCAUCUAUUGGGUUCGUUCCUACCUCCCUUCUGUCAACAGUGGUUUCUGAUUCCCUUUGUUUAUUGCUGUUGCUGUGUUUCUCUUUUAAUGCUUCAGAAUUGUCUGAAUUGGGUUGGUGCUGAAUCCGAGUUGUCUUGCUGGUGUGGAAUCAUUUCAACAAUUUUCUGGUAGAAGACUUUCAGAUUUGUAAUCAGGUUUAAUACUUAAAUAUGGGGUUAUAUGAGCAUUCAGACGUUGUGCAGUGGGGUAUUAAUCUUUUUGACAGUGACCCUGCUUAUAGUCCUGGAUACUAUGGUGACAUAAUUCAACAUGAUACGGGUGAUGUCUAUAAUGGACAUUACUUCCAUAGCCAUUAUGAUCCUGAGCGGAACCAAAUAGAGAAUGAUGAGAUCAUUGCACGGGCUCUUCAAGAAGAGUUUUCACGGCUAGACAUUAAUGAGUGUUCAAGAUAUUCACAGACAGAUGAAGAACAGUUCCGUGCUUCUGAGCCUGCAUAUAAUUGGCACAACACAUCAAUGAUGAACUAUUGUUCAGGAGGUCAUGAUUAUGCCUAUGAUGGAGUUGGUGAGUUAGAACCUUCUAGUUCAUCGUGUUGUAGUCCUUCUGAAGCAGAGGAAUGCUCCUUGGAGCUUACCGACAAUUAUCCACUUGAUGAUGAAAUAGGGAGGAGAUUGAGCCAGAUGGUUCCAAUUCCUCAUGUUCCAAAAAUUAAUGGAGAAAUUCCUUCAAUUGAUGAAGCAAGUUCAGAUCAUCAAAGGCUUCUGGAUAGAUUGCAGUUAUAUGACUUUGUGGAGCAUAUGGUGCAAGGUGAUGGUAAUUGUCAGUUCCGUGCAUUGUCUGAUCAAUUGUAUAACACACCUGAUCACCACAAGUAUGUGAGACGACAAGUUGUGAACCAGCUGAAGUCUCAUCCAGAGAUUUAUGAGGGAUAUGUUCCCAUGGAAUAUAGCGAAUAUUUGGAGAAGAUGUCUAAGAGUGGUGAAUGGGGGGAUCAUGUUACUCUUCAAGCAGCUGCAGAUUCGUAUGGUGUAAGAAUAUUUGUGAUGACUUCUUUCAAGGACACCUGUUGCAUAGAGAUUAUUCCUCAUUUUGAGAAGCCAAAAGGAGUGAUUUUCCUUAGUUUUUGGGCAGAGGUGCAUUACAACUCCAUCUAUCCUCAAGGAGAUAUACCUUCAAAUGAGUCGAGAAAGAAGAAAAGGUGGUGGAACUUUGGGACUAAGCAUUAAUAGCAGACCAAGAAACAGCUCAAGAAUGUACCCAAACGUUUGGUGCCUUUGCAUUUUGAACUAUUAGCCUGUUUCGAUAAAUAUUUAAAAGUGCUUUUGAGAAUUUCUCUACUAAAAAAUACUCUUUAUUUUUAAUAGAUAAAUUCUCAAAAACGCUUUUAACUUAUAUCUAAACAGAUUUUAUGUAUCAAAAUUCAUCCAAGAGUCACCCACCAGCCAAUAAGGAUGCUUUCAACUCAGCAGGGAUACCGAACCUUUAGGGUGCAAUAGAAUAGCCCUUAGUUUAUAUUUCCAUUGCUUUUCCGGUUAUUUUUGUAUGACUAAUUUGAUUUUCAUAUUUAUUAAUUAUAAAACUGGAUGUGCUGAGGCAGCUUCAUCCCAAUGACAUGUUAUACAUAAAAGGGUUAAAAGUUAUAGCAAUUUAUCUAGUUGGUUUCUUCUUGACCGG